AGAGAGGAGGAGGGCUAGUUGUUGUUGUUGUUGCUGAACCCGCACACACUCAGGACUGAUAAAGGGACAUCUGAUCUGAUGUUUCCAUGGUAACAUGGACCAUGUUAUCAGCACUACGUGGACGGGAGUGAAACCAGAGGAGACGGCAGGACCUGAACAUCUCCGUGUGAGUCCAGGACAACAGAGUCCAGCAGUCAGAGCGGAGACCAGCACCAGGACCAGCACCAGGAGCCCGGUUCAGAAAGCAGCUUUAACAAACUCUGAGAUGGAAAAGGUUUCGGCUCCAGAACAGCUGAUCAGAGUUUGUUCCAUCAAAUGUGAGGAUGAAAACAGCCUUCAUCAUCAAUGGAGCUCCGAUACUACGAUUCACCAUGGCAACAGAGACCAGGACCAGGACCAGGAGCACUACAAGAGCGAAAUGGACCAGGACCAGGACCAGGAGCACUACAAGAGCGAAAUGGACCAGGACCAGGACCAGGAGCACUACAAGAGCGAAAUGGACCAGGACCAGAAGCACUACAAGAGCGAACCGGAGGAGGACCAGCUGGACCCAUACUUCAGUAGAGCAGCAGCAGGCUCGUCUUCUGAUCCCACCGAUGUUCAGAAACGGAGAGGAAGAAAGGGACUGAUUCAUCAGAGAGUUCACACUGGAGAGAAACUACACAGCUGUGAUGAAUGUGGGAAAACUUUCCCUUUUCCGUGUGCCCUCAAAAUCCACCAACGCACUCACACUGGAGAGAAACCCUACAGCUGUGAUGACUGUGGAGCAGCUUUCGCUCAAUCAGGUCACCUGAAAAUGCAUCAACACAGUCACACUGGAGAGAAACCCUACAGCUGUGAUGAAUGUGGCGCAGCUUUCACUCGGUCAGAUAUCCUAAGAGUCCAUCGACUCAGUCACACUAAAGAGAAACCCUACAACUGUAAUGUAUGUGGGGCAGGUUUCACUCAGUUAUAUCGCCUGAAAAUACAUGAACGGCUUCACACUGGAGAGAAACCCUACGGCUGUGAUGAAUGUGGAGCAGCUUUCACAGCAUCAUUUAAUCUGAAAGCACAUCAACGCAGUCACACUGGAGAGAAACCCUACAGCUGUGAUGAAUGUGGGGCAGCUUUCACUAGAUCAGGUUACUUGAAAAAACAUCAACGCAUUCACACUGGAGAGAAACCCUACAGCUGUGAUGAAUGUGGAGCAGCUUUCACAAGAUCAGGUGACCUGAAAAUACAUCAACGCACUCACACUGGAGAGAAACCUUACAGCUGUGAUGAAUGUGGAGCAGCUUUCGCUCAAUCAGGUCACCUGAAAAUGCAUCAACGCACUCACACUGGAGAGAAACCCUACAGCUGUGAUGAAUGUGGAGCAGCUUUCACUAGAUCAGGUGACCUUGAAAGACAUCAAAGCAUUCACACUCGAGAGAGACCCUACAGCUGUGAUGAAUGUGGAGCAGCUUUCACUCAAUUAGGUUACCUGAAAAUGCAUCAACGCACUCACACUGGAGAGAAACCCUACAGCUGUGAUGACUGCGGAGCAGCUUUCGCUCAAUCAGGUCACCUGAAAAUGCAUCAACGCACUCACACUGGAGAGAAACCCUACAGCUGUGAUGAAUGUGGAGCAGCUUUCAGUAGAUCAGGUGACCUAGAAAGACAUCAACGAAUUCACACUGGAGAGAAACCCUUCAGCUGUGAUGAAUGUGGAGCAGCUUUCACUCAAUCAGGUCACCUAGAAAGACAUAAAUGCAUUCACACUGGAGAGAAACCGUACUGGUGUGACCUAUGUGGGAAAACUUUUGGUUCUGGGAGUAAACUCAAAAUCCACCAAUACAUUCACACUGGAGAGAAACCAUACAGCUGUGAUGAAUGUCAGGCAGCUUUCACCACAUCAGGCAAACUGAAAUGCCAUCAACGCACUCACACUGGUGAGAAACCCUACAGCUGUGAUGAAUGUGGGACAGCUUUCAUUCAAUCCUUUCACCUGAAAGUCCACCAACGCAUUCACACUGGAGAGAAACCAUACGAGUGUGACCAAUGCGGUAAAGCUUUUUCUCGGAGUAGUUCUCUCAAAAUCCACCAACGCAUUCACACUGGCGAGAAACCGUACUGGUGUGAGCAAUGUGGGAAAAUGUUUUCUGAUGAUAGAAACUUUAAAGCCCACCUACUCACUCACACUGGAGAGAAACCAUUCAGGUGUGACCAAUGUGGUAAAAGUUUUUCUCGGGGUAGUUCCCUUAAACUUCACCAACGCAUUCACACUGGAGAGAGACCAUACUGUUGUGAUCAAUGUGAUAAAGCUUUUUCUCACAGUGGUCACCUUAAAGCCCACCAACGCAUUCACAAUGGAGAGAAACCGUUCUGGUGUGACCAAUGUGGUAAAACUUUUACUCGGUCUGAUAGCCUUAAAGCCCACCAACGCAGUCACCCUGCAUUGUUGUGAACGUUUCUCAGAGCCCAGCUAGCUGUUUCCUCCUGCCUCCUCCCCAUGCCUUGAUAGCUGUGUUAUAUUCUGAGCUUCUCUCCACAUUGAAGGCUGACCAACAGUAACUUCAUGUUCUUUUUUUUUUUUUUAAGUUAUUUUUUGGGGGCAUUUUUAAGUAUUUAUUGAUAGGACAGUGGAUAGAGUGUUGGAAAGGGGGAGAGAGAGAAAUGACAUGCGGAAAGGUCCACAGGCCGGAUUCGAACCCGGGUCCACCCUUGGACUGAGCCUUGGCCAUACAUGGGCACCCGCUCUACCGACUGAGCUAGCCAGGCGCCCGUAACUUCAUGUUCUAAACAGCAUUUGUGUUUUCGUGGCUACGACUACAUACUUGGACCACCAGAAACUUCCCAGUGGGACUCCGUUAUGAGGCUGAACUGUCAGAACAUCUGGAGGAGUCUUCCAAUCACAAGGAGGGAGAACCAAUGACAAACCUUCCAAAAUCUCUAAGGAAAAUUGUGGUUUAUUUCAACCUGACGUAUUUUGCAUGAAUGCGUCCUUUGUUACUCUGUGGGUCACGCCAACUUUUUACCCAGCACCUCUGUUAUAGAGAUUCAGGGAAACAAGGACUAGUGCAGAACAUUGAUAUCAGGGACAGCUGCUCGAGCUUCCUACAACGACGAAUCGGCUCUAGUGUGAAGAGCGAAAGAUGAAAAUAAUAAUUACGUUAUUCCUUAAUUGUUGAAACUUCUUCCAGAAACUCUACCUGACCUCUCAGGGCACUAAGUGAUGAGACUCUGAAUUUACAACCAGCCUGGUUAAGCUCACAGAGGAGAAACAACCAUAAGACUUAGUACCCAUCCUGACCAAUUGAGCUGUUUAUUGAAUUAUGGGUUAAAGGCCCUGACAUCAGGUUCUUCCCAAAGACUCAGAGAAGAGGUGAAGACCAACCAGUAAGACACCAUGAACCGAUGAUGAGAAUCAGAAUGAAACUAAUUCUGCCAUUAAAAUGUACAUUAGUUAAUAUGCUAUGUUUAACUGAUCAUCUGAAAAGAACUGAAGUUUGUUGUACAGGUUGGAGCUCUCAAGCAGAACUAGAGAAACAAUAUGAAUAUAAAGCAGGUUUUAUGACCUCCUCCUCCUCCUCGGUUUACGACCUGCACUGUAUUCCUUUGGGUGGCUCACACACAGUCACAUUAACAGAGACGCAUCCAAACUAAAGAAGACUAAAUGAAACUGACAUUUAAUGCAUAUUCACGUGUACUAUAAUUGAAAUGCUGAGCUAACAUAUGUUUUAAUAUCAGAAAGUUUGUUUAACAUGUAAAUGUUUGGGACAAGAAGGAAACUGAAAUUAGAGGGACUCUACAGAGAGAUGCACAGUCAGUCUCUAAUCCCUCCCCCUGUUCAUCUGUGGACCCUUCAUGUCUUAGAUUAGACAUUCCUGUUAGAGGUCAUAUCCCCAUCUGUUAUACUGAACUACUUUAGUUUAUCUAUGUCAGUCAUUUUCAAUUUAUAUAACUCAAAUGCUCAUGCUAGUAACAAAUGAAGCUAAAGGUUGUAGAUCAAAACCUUCCCUUUAAAUUAAUCACUUGGUUAGAUCUCACCAGCGUACAGACAUGUUAUUUCUAUAUAUGCGUAUUAUAGGUCCCCAGAGAUGUAAGUCCUAUAUAUAGAAUAUAUGUUUAUAAUCUACUUAAAGUGUAUUACACCUUUUAACAUUGUGUGUGAACUGUACACGAAUGUACCCCUUUUUACUGUUAUAUGUGUGUACAGGUGUUUUACGUCGUCUAAGUUGAAUUCUAACUAUCAUUUUGGUAACUUGUAUCUCCCUGAGGUCCAGUCUCACAGACAUGUCUGCUUCAUGGCCCUUUUACCUCUUGCUCUCAUCUAGACCGAUCUGUGCCGCAUGUUGAGAUCAAUCAUAUCCAGUCAUUUACUGUGUAAUUAGUGCACAUACACUGUAUAUAUCUACAUAUAUAGGUCUGGCUGUUGUAGCGUUUGUAUAACUGCAUGUUAUGAUAACAAGGUUUGUCCAUGUUGGGUAAUUGAUUAAUUAAUUUGAAUUCAAUUGAUCAGGUUUUAUUCAGUGGUUUAUAUCAUAUCGGUGUUUGGUACCGUUCUGCAGCAGUUAAAGCCCAGAUGUCAAACAGGGAAGAAUUCAUUAUGUGAAGUGAAUUAAUUAGUAUCAAUCCUGCAAAAUAAGUUUAAUCGAAAGACUAAAUAUAUAAAAAUAUACAGAAACGACUCAAACUGAGUCGCCCCAUUGGAUCCAACAGAUCCAGACAGAACCUGUUACUACUCCUGGUAACCAGAACAACCUCCCAUCUGCACAUCAGAAACCGUCAGGUGAUAUAAAUACAUUCUCAGAUGUGAAAGAGUUUGAUGAUUGGGCUACUAAACAAGUUUAGAGUUUAUUAAUAAAUAAAGUUUGUGUAAGAAAUUGUUAGUUAAUAUCAGAUAUAAGAAUAACAGGAAUUCAUCAGUAAGUCUUAAACUUAAAUUAGGCUCAUCCCUAAAUUUAGAAUAUGAAACUGCUUCACAAUCUUCCCUGGUGCUUCUUCAACUCUCCACUGAUGAACGCUGCAUUAAUAUCUAAAACUAAAUUUAAUUGAUGCGCCUAGACGUCAAGCGACAAAUUUAACGAAGAGAUAUGAGUCACUGAACUGACCUGGUCACAUUUGAUUUGUCUCUAUUCAUUCUGUUCAUGGUUUCAUUCAUCCUUUAUCAUUCUGUUCCUUUUUCCUUUUGUUUGAUCAUUUAUUCACUUAUUUUCUGUUUAGUAGUUUAGUCACGUAGUUACUUAAAUAAACAUUUCAUUUAUAAAGAA